CCCCCUCUGCACGCGCAACUCCGGCUCGUAUAUGUUGGGGGGAAAGCGAGCGGUUUGUGUUCUGCUCUCGCUUGGCACUUCACGGAGGGAGACAGCUAGCAAUAAAAAAAAAAAACCAGCAACACAAGCAAGUAGCGUGUUUCUUCUCGUUUCAGACCGUGUCUGGAAUUCGAUUAUUUUUCCCACUCCUCUCUCCGAACCUCUUUCACGACCCAGUCGUGGCAAACUAAAAGCCUUGCUUUGCACUACGGGAUCUUGGUAGGUCCUCAAAUGAAAGAACAACUGCGACUCAAAACUUCGGAAAUAGAAAUGUCUGCGACCAUGCUGUCCGGUUUCUACGACAUCGACAUGCUGUACAAGGACAAGACUCUGAACAUGAACGCUCUCCAUCUCAACAGUAUGUUGGACAAGAAAGCGGUGGGGGCGCCGGUCACGGCCUCGGCUCUCACUAACAACUGCUCGUACGCGCAGGGAUUUUUCCGGCGCAACUCCGCGAGCAACGUUGACUGCACAAACAACGGCAACAAGUACUCAGCCACAUGCUACAGCAACAUGAAAGAGAGCUCGGCCAGCACCGCCAUCAUGAACAAGGAGAACAAGUUCCGUGAGCGCGCCUACAGUGAGACGGGUGAGCGCAGUCAGCAGCUGCAGGCGCUGCAGCAGAAGCCUGGCUCGCAGAUCAACUCGACCCGCUACAAGACUGAACUGUGCCGACCCUUCGAGGAGAACGGCGCCUGCAAGUACGGCGAGAAGUGCCAGUUCGCGCACGGCUACCACGAGCUGCGCAGUUUGUCUCGCCACCCCAAGUACAAGACAGAGCCGUGCCGCACUUUCCACACCAUCGGCUUCUGCCCGUACGGCCCGCGCUGCCACUUCAUCCACAACGCUGACGAGCGCAGACCCGCGCCGGCCAACGCCAACACCAGCAGCGGCACCGGCGUGCCGCCCGAACUGAAGCCGACCCGGGACCUGAUUCAGCAACAGGCUGCUGUCGCCGCUUUCCGAGACAGACCCAAACUCCACCACAGCCUGAGCUUCUCUGGCUUCUCCACACAGCAUGGACUGGACUCUCCUCUCAUUGACAGCCCCACAUCCCGCACUCCCCCUCCGCCUUCUUCCUCCUCCGACUCUUCCCGGUCCAGCGGGCCCUUUUUCGAAGACGUUCUAGCGCCGAGCGCUAAUGGCGCCUUCUCCUCGUUCGCCACUGCGCAGGACCUGAAGGCGCUGCUCGCCCCUCUCGCCGUGCACGCACAUGGCGGCUACCAAUCAAACCCCGCUUACUACAGCAACUUUCAGACCGCCAUGGGACCCUCUUCCCCGCCCUACAGCCUCGGGCCCUUGCAGACCCUGCAGCGCCUGACCGAGUCGCCGGUGUUUGACUCGCCCCCCAGCCCUUACGACUCGAUGUCGGACCGGGACAGCUACGCCAGCGGCUCGCUCAGCUCUUCAGGAAGUCUCAGCGGCUCCGAGUCGCCCAGCCUGGAGGCCGGGAGACGUUUGCCAAUCUUCAGCAGGCUGUCGAUUUCUGAUGAUUAAUAUGUUAGCGUGGUUGUUUUCGUUAUUUUAUUUUGCUUUGUAUGGGAUUUGCCCCGUUAUUUUCCUUUUUUUCCCCUCCUCUUUAACGGACUGGAGGACUUCCUAAAGUUAACCGUUAUUAAAAUGGCGUCUGAUCAGCGACGUGUAACUAGACGGACUGUAAAGAAACAACCAGGGGCAGGUGACUCGUCAGACCCUUGGUGUGGCAUUAGAGUUUUUUUGUCCUGUUUUUUUUCUCUCUCUCUCUCUUUUUGUCUUUUUCUUUUUUUUCCUGCUCGAACCGAUAGCUAUGAAAGUAGAUAUCGACCGAAGGCAUUCCACCGGUGACUUUGACCAGCAUACAGUCGCAGUGUUUUGGCUUAUGAGACCAUCACACUUUUUUCCGGAGACAUGGUUUUUUUGUGCACAAAACUUUUGAACGUGAAAGACGGAGAGAUUUAACAUGUUUUAUUUUCCCUCCAUCCUACCAAGAAUAUGCCUUGACAAAAAAAAAAAAAAAAAAAAAAGUUCGCAAAGUAGGCUAUGUAUGCGCUUCUGAAAGCUUAAAUAACAAACUUCCAUUCCAAAAGUUGAGAGUUUGUCGGUCACAGCGCCACCCAGUGGUUCGGUUGGGGUAGUUUAGUGUUGUUGCUUAGCUCAAGCACUCUUGUUUGGUCUGUUGGGAAAAUCACUGCUGAUGGUUGAAAUAUAUAUAUAUUUUUUUAGCUGUUUUGAGCGAUUACAUAGCCGUACAUAACUGGCUAUGACCUAUUUAACUUAUUUAUUAUCUUGUGAAAAGUAUAGGCUACAUUGGUAAUUGUGUCCAUACUGUAUUUAUCAAGUAUGUUGAAGCAAUAGAUCUAUAUUCUUUUAUUAUGUUUAAAUUAUGAUCGCCAUUAUUAAUCUACAUAAAGUGGAGUGUAUGUUCUUUUUCACAGUAAUAUAUUUUUGUUUGGUCUUCUUUUGUAACUUCACUUCGUUAUUUUAUUGUAAAUGAGUAAAAAAAACUUAAUUUAAGAGAUUGUAUGUGAUAUUUAUUUCAUUAAUUUUGUUUCCUUGUUUACGUACAUUAAAAAAAAAAACAUUUGCUUGAUUUGCCGUUUGUUGGGAUGUUGCUUGUGGAAGAAUUUUUUUUUCCCCCAACUUUUUUUUUGAAAAUCCCAAGAUGAGUCCCUUUUUUUUUUUUUUUUUUUUUU